AUGCCCAACCCUCCCCAUCAAGCGCAGAACCCCGAGGUAGUGGAGCUCGAUGCCUCUGCUCCCAUCGAAGAGAUCGCCAAUAUUCUCCGCCGCGAUGGCGGCAUCAUCAUCAAGAACUUCCUCACCCCGGAAACCAUCGACCAGAUCCACGCAGAAGCGCAGCCAUACUGGGGCAAGCUUGGAGUCUACCAAGGCAAGCUGUUCGAUGAAGCAGACCCCCCUCUCAGUGGCUUCGCAGGAAAGUCUCCCACCUUCGCCCACAAAGCGAUCAACCACCCGACCUACCGAGAGGUCGCAAAGGCCCUUCUCAAAGAGGAGUCCAACGUCUACCGCGACGGCAAGAGAUACAACACCGUCUCCUACCCGGUGUUGGCCGUCUCCGAGGCCUUCAACCGCGGCUCGCCCUCGACCGCGCAGCAGCUUCAUCGCGACGAUAUGGCCCAGCACUUCGACCAUAUAGAAGGCAGCGGAGAAAGCUCCCUCUUGGGCCUCCUUGUCGCCGGCGUGGACACCACCUUCGAAAACGGCGCCACCCAAGUCAUCGUGGGUUCGCACAAGCUCCCGGAGGCACGGAUCUGCGGCCCCAGCGACCGCUCGCUCUGCUCGACCUGCGAGAUGAGCAAGGGCGACGCGGUCUUCAUCCUCGGCAGCAUCUGGCACGGCGCGGGCGAGAACAAAACGAACCCGCCGGAGCGUCGCAUCAUCUACUCCUGCCACAUGGGGCGCGGGUCGAUGCGCACUGACGAGAACCAGUAUCUGGGCAUUGACGAGGAGGUGGUCAGGAGUUACGAGCCGGAGGUUCAGGCGCUGUUGGGAUGGUCGGUUAGUCAGCCUUAUUGUGGGCAUGUUGGGAUGGAGGAUCCGAUUGUGAGGUUGGGGAGUAGGGAGGAUCCGUUUGGGUAUGGGUCGUUUGAGGGACGGGAGGUUAGGGCUUAG